UUAGUGAUGCUCGUUUAAAUUUUACGGAAAUCUGCUCAGUUUAAUCCCACUGCACAAUCCCUACUCUUCGCCUACUACUCACUGUUUCAAGAUGUGUCACUGAUAGUCAGCCCGUAUCACCACACGAAAUUGUGUGUAAUAAUUGGAACAAAAGGCAGUAAUAUAUAUUUGUGCAUUUAACAAAAGUAACACUUGUUGAGGACACAAUGAACAGAUCAGAAGAUGCUCGCAGAUUGAUAAUGAAAAGCGAACCGCAUUGUACGCGUAAUAUUCUGCGUCCAGUGAUAAAUAAAAGUCGCGGCUCGCGAGACAGACCGCGCUUGGUGAUAAGUGGCGAUUGUCAAAUGGAUUAGUCAAUAAAAAAACUCAUCUAUUAAUUAUUCCAUAUAUCUACGCAGUUGACGUCAUUUCGUGCUUCAGAGAACACUACAUUGCAUAAUACCGAUAAAAGCUACACGAGAAGCGGUGACUGCAGAAAAUCAGCUGAACUUAUCUGUACGAUAUCGUUCAUCAUUGUAACACUUGCGAAUGAGUCUGUUAACCUCACGUAUGGCGUUCGCGAUUCAUUCCACCGCAGGCAUCGGUAAUUUCUGACAUUUAUUGUUCAGAACAAACAAGCAUGACUGAAAGAAUAACCACUCUUCAACGUUACUUCUUAAACGAUCUGAAAAAGAGACAUUUUUUAAUUGAUGAACAAGAUGCUUCUCGGAAGUCGGGUUCAUCGGUUUGGGCAACAUGGGCAGCCACAUGGCGAAGAACCUGUUGAAGAAGGGUCACAGAUUGACCGUUUUCGACGUUAACAAAACGGCCGUGUCGAAUCUGACGAAGGCAGGUGCAAACGGCGCUUCGAACCCUGCUGAGGUAGCGAAAGACGCUCAGGCGGUUGUCUCUAUGUUACCGUCCAAUCAGCACGUUCUGGACGUCUACGACGGGGAAAACGGAAUAUUAAGUUCAGCGAGACCGAGUACUCUUCUCAUUGAUAGUAGCACGAUAGACCCUUUUGUGUCCCAAACGUUAGCGAAAAAGGCUGAAAAGUGCGGAAUUAGAUUUACCGAUGGACCAGUCUCUGGAGGCAUAAACGCAGCCAAGAAUGGCACGCUGACGUUCAUGGUAGGAGGUUCCGAAGAAAAUUUUGAGCUGGUUAAACCUCUCUUAGAGGGUAUGGGUACCAAGAUCGUUCAUUGCGGGGACGUCGGAAUGGGACAAGCUGCAAAACUGUGCAACAACAUGCUUCUGGGUAUUAGCAUGAUCGGCACUGCAGAAGCUUUUAACCUUGGCCAAAAGCUGGGGCUUGACGCGAAGGUGCUGGCUGAGAUUGUGAACUCGAGCUCCGGUAGAUGUUGGUCGUCGGAAUUAUAUAAUCCUGUUCCUGGAGUCCUCGAGAACGUCCCUAGUUCUAAGAAUUACGAGGGUGGUUUUAGUACAAGUUUAAUGACGAAGGAUCUAGGACUGGCGCAGUCUGCUGCAACUAAAGUAGAAGCAACCAUUCCUCUGGGCUCUCUAGCAAAUCAGAUCAUGAAGGCGAUCAUGGCACAAGGAUUUUCGGAUAAAGAUUUCAGCUACGUGUAUCAAUUCUUAAAGAGACAAAAGUGAUAUUUUGUAACAGAUUUUUCGUACUCAUGUUUUAAACCUUUUACGUUGAUCUCUGUCUUAUGUUGUUUGGUAUUCGUUCCUAUUUAUCUUUAGUACAAAAAAAUUAGUUUUACGUAAAGCGCUCAAACUUUCCGUACCGCUAAAUGUGUUAAUGAAAAAUAUGGGUGUAUAGAGGGCACUAGGAGACAGAUAGUUUCUGAAACAUCGGUAACGAUGGAAAAAAUAUAAAAUUGCAAAAAACUGUUGAAUAUUACUUGUAAUGCUAAAUAACACGUCAAAGGUUUAUCAAAUAUGAAAAAGUGGCUACAAAGUAUAUCAUUAAGUUUUAUAUUGGAACAUUAGGAUCCUACCUUAUCGGUAGAGUUUCAUGUCGCGUAUAUUUCGUUUCCUAAGGCUUCGUUUAUUCAAAACGUACAAAACUAAUACGUCUAUUAUUCAUUAAUCUAACCGAAAUUCCAGUACCGGUAAAAUGAAAUUAUUCAAAAAUCCCUGCACUUCGCGUUAUUACAUUGAUUAGAGUGGUAUCCGAAACUCUUCAGCAGUUCAAACAUUUGCCACAGAAAGUACACUCUCUACAUGUUUCGCCAUGCAACGUAACCAUCCGAUAUACACUUGUUACGACGAUCGUCCAAGCAAUUCGAUCAUUUCAAAUGCAAACUAUCUAUUCCAUAGUAGUUGUUCGAACAUAUCAAGGAUUCUCCAGCAGCCCUGUAUUACCGACACAGCUGCGCAUGGAUGGUCAAAUUUAGAAAUAAUAAAUGUACAUUACAAAUGUCUGGAAAGCGAUAAGAAUGGGAGCCAUAUUACACGCUCGAUUAUA